ACGGUGAAUCCAGGUACUGUAAGUCAAAUCUUAAUCCAAACUUAAGUCCUGUUACCUAGUCUAAAAAUUGUAAUAAAAUCAUGCAAUAUUUAUUUUCUCGUUGUUAGAGCUGCUUGCUUCAUAAAAAAUUAGAACUUUUUCUUAAAAAAAAAGAAAAUUUUCUUUAGUACGAGUCACCAUGAGUCGCCGUUCACUAUUAGUUACUUUGAUUUGCACUCUUGCCCUUGCUUGCGUCACGGCUAAACCAGUACAACUUGGUACUGGAAGUGGUUCUGGAGCUGGAACUGGUAAUGCUGGCCCAGGAGGAGUAUCUCUUUUACGCGCCGCUGGCUUAGCGGAAAUGAACAACGCAGUUCCUGUCAUCGCUGAAAUAAGAUUUCCGGAUCUUCGUGGCGGUUAUGGAGAAGGAGAAGAAGCUGCAAGAGUUUCUGGGUUAAGCGUCGGUAAGGUCGCUCCAAAAGGCGGAGUUGGUUCCGGAGGUACUGGAAACAAAGCUCAAUGAGCGCUUUGACUGAUUAGUCACGAGCUCCUGGUCAAGGAAUAGGAAGCAGCGCGGGGCAAUGAGCUGCGAAUCAUUUACAAAUCAUAUUGUUUAAUCUUGCUACAUUUGCAAUCAUUUCAAUUAUGGUGUACCGCAAUAAACUUUUAUCUCAACUACA